GCGGUUCAACACCAUGAUUUUUCCACUGGUCCUCGGAUUGGCUUUCAUUGCCACAGCACGUACAGCUCCUACAAAAUGGAUCGAUAUGUCAUAUCCAUUCGUCGAGAAUGUCACCAUCUACUGGCCCGGUAAUACUCUGUACCAACACCGUAUGGUCUUCGAGGGACACUACCCUGGCACCAAAAUCUUCAUUACCAUAUCAGAUUUCAUCGGAGGUGAACAUGGAGGAACGCAUAUAGACGCGCCAAGACACUUCAACGAAGCUGGCAUAACUUUAGAGAAAAUCCCUAUUGAAUCGAUGGUAGGUGAUGCUAUCGUGGUGAAUGUAUCAGCGAAAUGUGACCAAGACCGUGACUAUCAAAUGAGCGUUGAUGAUCUGAAGGAAUGGGAGAAGACAUAUGGACCAAUACCUGCGAAAUCUAUUGUAUUCAUGUACACUGGUUUUGGAAGGUCUUAUCCAGACAAGAAAAAGUACUUUGGAACCAACACUCCUACAAAUACCAGCACCUUCCAUUUUCCAGGAAUAGAUCCGGUCGCGGCCCAGUGGUUGGUCGAUAACAACAAGAUCAAACUCUUUGGCAUCGACACUCCUUCUUUUGACCGUGGCCAAAGUCUUACAUUCGGUUCUCAUCUAAUCCUCUUAAAAAGAAACAUCCCUGGUAUAGAGAAUGUGGCCAACCUUCACCUUCUUCCACCCAAAGGUGCCGAGGUGUUCGCUGCUCCCAUGAAGAUUAAAGAAGGCAGCGGAGGACCUUGUAGGCUGUAUGCGAGAAUCGCAGACAAAAUGGUUGUCAGUAGAGGGGUCGACCCUGGGUUCCAUUUGACGCCUGGUCUUGUCUUGAUGUCGAUCACUUUCUUGCUUAUUAAUUUUUAAUGUGUGAUUUUCAGUUUUACAUCGAUGUGUAGAUCAAGGCUCAGGCCAAACGUCGAGCUUCACAUGAGUCAAACCUAAUUUGAAACAAUGGAUAAUAAGGCGGUCUUCUUUGAUGUCAUGAGGUUCGGCGCAUGUGAAGUUCGACGUUUACCCUAAGUAACAUAAGCCUCAGUGUUAAAGCGGUUUUCUUAUCAGUGGGGAACGACCACGGCAUGACACUGAUUCGUAACCGUGCUUUGGCCGUAUCUUAACGUAACUACGAGCUGUGAAUGACUGAAUUGCUGGAAGACAAUGAGAAGAAGUUACAGUCGUACCGUGUACGUGCAGUAAGUCUGUACCGUGUGUUUAAUUUCCCACUCAUAUGAAAACAGCUUGUUCCACUGACGUCUUUACUUAGUUUGGUCGAGUCUCCGUCACCCCACAUAACUCACUCACUCACUGCAAAAGUAAGUCUGGCACAUUUGGGAAGUGCGCUGCCAGCAAAGUCAUUAAUGUGUUUGGACUACUUAUAGCUAGUCGUCUCGCGCUAACGCCUUGAGAACGGUUCAAAGCUAGGACGAUGUCGUUAAUCCCAUGCCGUGUAUCUUUAUUUUCACGCUUAAGUGAAAACUCCGCUAGAUAGUUUUUUUGAUUGACAUAUUAUGUCAUAAAACAGUGGCGAGAGUCAAGAGUUGUCUCGGAGUUUGAAGUACAGACAACACACCUGUUAGCCAAAAUACAUUCAUAGAAGGAGUAAUUCCUUGUCAAUGCUUCUUUUGUAGUUGUGAUCAUUGUUACUUGGUGUGCAUGGUAUGUGUAUCAGAAACUAAGUCCAUGCUGUAUAUUAUCCGAUCUCGUACCAAGAGCCUGUUUUUUCUUGCCUGCUGGCAUAAUUCAAUGUUUUCUCAUUUCAGACCGCGGGUCAUACGUUUGAGUUUGAGUUGCAUCCAUAUUUAUGUAUGUUCACAUGUGCCACAAUUAAACCAAAAAAAAAAGAUACU